CCACUAAACUAAUUCCAGAGCUUAAUUUCGUUUUUCACUCCCACAGUAAACACCAGAGUCUCUCUCUCUCUCUCUCUCUCUCUCUCUCAUCCUGUCUGUCCCUGCAUAUUCAUUGCCACCGCUCCCCAAGCCCAAUUAUAGCAUAAAAAUCUAUCCUCUCUCUCUCGAUCGACAUAUACAUACAAAAUUACGUUAUACGUAUACAUUCAGCAGGUGAUUCAUGGUGGGAAAUGUAAUGUACGAGUUGAAGUUAGGAUAGAGAAGCUGAAGAGAGCUAGGGUUUAUUGCAAAACUUAAAGAGAAAUGCCAUUGACGCGGUACCAGAUACGGAACGAGUACAGCUUGGCUGAUCCGGAGCUGUACAGGGAAGCCGACAAGGAUGAUCCCGAGGCCCUCCUCGAAGGCGUCGCCAUGGCCGGCCUCGUCGGCGUCCUGCGCCAGCUCGGCGACCUCGCCGAGUUUGCUGCGGAAAUAUUUCAUGAUUUGCAUGAAGAAGUGAUGGCUACUGCUGCAAGAGGCCAUGGUCUAAUGGUUCGUGUUCAACAGCUUGAGACAGAUUUUCCUUCAAUUGAGAAGGCAUUCCUCUCCCAAACCAGUCCAUCUUUGUUCUUUUAUGAUCCUGGUGUUGAAUGGCAUCCUAAUUUACGUAUGGAUCAAAAUCUGAUCACGCGGGGAGAUCUACCUCGAUUUGUUAUGGACUCCUAUGAAGAAUGUCGGGGUCCACCUCGGUUAUUCCUUCUAGACAAGUUUGAUGUUGCGGGUGCUGGAGCCUGUUUGAAGCGCUACACUGAUCCAUCAUUCUUUAAAGUAGAGUCAUUAUCCUCUGGAAUGACAAAAGCAGAAGUUCAUAGGGAAAAGAAAAUCCGCAAAGCUAAGAAGAAAGGAUCACGCUGGAGGAAUGGAGAAACCCCGGAGGUUCUACCAGUAUCACAUGCCAAGCUGCAUCAAUUAUUUAUGGAGGAGAGCGUUGAGGAUUAUAUUAGUGACCCUUCACGCCGUGUGAAAUUGAAGCGAAGGCUGAAUGGAUUUCCAUUUGACUCAAAGACUGGGAAAAGUUACAUGGAGAAAUUCUUGAAGACUUCUACACCAGAUCAUAAUGUUCGCGAUAUCUCUGUCCACUCAUCUCCGUUAAGAUUGCCAUCCAAUAGUAAUGAGGAAUCAGGGAUUCAAAUACUUGAAAUCAGUACAGUGAAUCCUGGGAAAGAAUUACCAUGGAGAAAGAGAAGCCCACGGUCGUCUCCUGAUGCAGAGAAGACUAGACGAAACUAUUCCAUCGAUGAGUUAAAUGAGGAGGGCGAUUACGGAAUUUUAGAAGUGCCAAACCCAACCCAUAUUUCUGAAACAGAUACUGUUCAUGAAGAUGAAUAUGAGAAGGGAAUUGUAGCUGACAGGGAAAGGAAAAUAGAAAGCAGUGUGGAUGGUUACCAAUCUGAUGAUAUUGCAAGUGAAGUAGAGAAUUACAUGGAUGCCCUUACAAACAUGGAUUCAGAGAUGGAAACAGAUACCGAGUGUAGAGCCAAGAACGGUCUGCAUAGCUUGAAUACAGAGAAUGUGGUGAUGAAUUCUGAUGCAAAUGUGGAACUACAGUAUCUUCAAGCUCAUUUUUCAGAUUCCCAAUCAAUAGAAAACUCUACUGCCACAGAUGACGAGAACAGCUCAUCCAGAAAAGGAUUAUCUAGUUUCUCAUGUUCUGAUUCUCUGAGCAACUCAGCCGAGAAUGCACCAUCUGAUGGUGAUGUUUCAGCUAAUAUUCUUCCAUCUACUGGAUCUCGUGAAGCUGAGAGUGUUUCAUCUGACCAAGCUGCAGAGCGCAUGGUCUCCAAUGGUGUUUGUACCGGGGUAUCUAGUUUCUGUCUUUCUGAUUCAACUAAUUUACCUGUAAAUUCAGGAAAAAUUUCAAUGGAAGGUGAAUCAGUGGGACUAGAAUCAGAUGAAAUAUAUUCUACACACAACGAACUUAACACUGGAUAUCUUGGUCGAGAUGAAAAUACAGCAUGUCUGGGUGAUAAUGAACCCUGCGCUUCUAGUUGCUCUGAUGGUCCAUCCCAAACAAGAUAUGAUUUUCUCCCUGAACUGUCCUCUGAAAACCAUUUUGUGUGCAAGUUAGAUAACGAGAAUUCACAUGUUUUAUCUCAUUCUUCUGGAAAGCAAAUCAGUGAAAAUUUGUUGGAUAAUGUGGUUCAAGCAGAAUAUGGAGAAGAUGAAUGUCCGGAAAUUUUCAUUGACAAUCCAUCGCGUUCAGUUGCUUCAGAACUGGAAACUUGGCAUCCAUACAUUAAGCCUGAUGGCAUAGUUUCUGAAGCAGAUGAUGUUCCUCCAUUGUCUGGAGAGAGAGAAACUAGCUCAAUCCCUGAAGUAUAUAGUCCACAGGCUACUGAUAUAACAAAGCAACAGUUUCCAGGAAUAUCAGAAACUGAUCCCACUCUUGAACUUGAUUCAGCGGAUGUGGGUUUUCAUAAUUAUGAGGAGGAAAAUCUUGAUAAGGCUACCAAUGCAGCAGAUGAUGAAGAAAUUGGUGAAUCUCUCCGUUAUACACAUAUAUUUGGGGAGGAUGCUGCUGACCUUGAAUUGCCGUCAGAUCUACAAAACUCUCCAGAUCCUCCACCUGUUCCUGCUGUGUGUCUAGAUGACGCCACAAUUGAAUCUGUUCUUUCAGAGGGGUUGGCUGAUGAAGCUGUUGCCAGCGCUUAUAUUGAUUGUAAUGGGGGUGAAGGAAAAGCUUUAUCCGGAAGUCCCACAAAAUUGCAGGAAGAAUCUAAUCCUAUUGUUCAGGAUUUACAUGCAAAUGGUAUGGAAAUCAACGAGCUUUAUUCUCAAGAGCAUUUUCAAGAAUCUGGCUCAGAAAAAGAGGUGGAUCAACAAGGGGUCGCUUUAUCAUUUUUGGACUCUGUUAUGUUAAGUACGGUCUCUUGUGAUGAGUCCAAUUCGGAAGUUCUCAGUAAUGUUCCUGACCCGGCUAUGGCUGCACCAUCCAGAAGCUUGCAGAUUGUUGAUGCUGCUACUGUCUCCUUGUCUUCGGAUCUUCAUGACCAACAAUCGGAAUUGAAAUCUGCUCAGCUCAGUAAUUUACUUGAGGAUGCAGAAGAUGAUCAAAAGGUUGAGUUACAAGAUGAUCAAUUUGAUGUGGCAUCCUGCUGUGACCAAGAUGAUGUGCCAACUGUUAAUGAGCUACCGAGAAACAGUUUACAGACUGUUUAUGCUUCCACCGUCCCACUGUCUUACGAUCAACAUGACCAACUAUCAGAAUCGAAAUAUGCUAAGCAGAUUAAUAUUGUUGAGGAUGCAGAAGAUGAUGUAUCUUCAUAUGACUCUCCUAUUGCAGAGCUCAGACCUCCUUUGGAACAAAAGUCUGAUUUGCAAAAAGAUCAAUAUGAUGUGGCAUACCGCUGCGGCCAAGAUUCAGAAUCAAAAUCUUCCCAUGAGAUUAUUGUUGUUCAGAAUGCAGAAGAUGCUGCAUCUUCACGUAGCCAUCAUAUUGUGGAGCUAAAAGCUCCUGUGGAGCAAAAGGUUGAACAAGAUGAUCGAUUGGAUGUGGAAUCUCUCAAUCCAGACAAAGCAACGUCUGAUCCAGUGAUGGAGUUGAUGCAAUCUCCAAACCAAGAUGAUGCUUCAUUCGGAUUUUGUGUAGCACAUCCUCCGAGCGAACCUUCAGUGUUAGAGUUUUUACCGCAAGUUGAUGUCUCUAAUAAAGCAAAGGAGCUAUCAUUUUCAGCUCCACCUUCUUUUGGCCAGCUUCCUGAGGUAUCUCAAAUCAAUUUGGAUGAGAUGCCCCCAUUACCACCUCUUCCUCCAAUGCAGUGGAGAAUAGGGAAGGUCCAACAUGCUUCCCUAACUUCGAAAAGAGAUUUGGGAGAACUUAAUUGUGGUUCGUUUCCGCCAUUAUUGAUGUCUACAGCUGAUGACAACACUCAACUGGGCCAUCUAGCUGCAGUGGAUGAGAUUGCCCAACCUUCAAUUCCAUUUUUGCAACUCUCAGCUUCCAAAGGUGAGAAUUCUCAACAUAGUUAUGAGAACUUAGCGGGCGAUAUGAUGCAUUCCAAUCCAUUAUCAUUGCAAGGUACAAACGGUGAGCUUGAUAUCCCAACUUCAGGUAGACCCCAAUCCACGAAUCCAUUCUUGGUACCGCUAACCGUAUGUGGGGUGAGGUCAGAACAUGGUUUCGGUGCUUCUGAGGGAGAAACAGCACAACCUAGUACAAAUUCACUAUCACCAGCAACCAAUAUUCAAGAUGCAGUUCCGGCAAAUCCUCUGAAGUUUAUACCAGAGGAACUGGACCAUCCUUCGCAUGAAUUAGCGCCAGAAAGAAGUUUGAAGGAUGAUAAACUUCAGGGUACAUCUGUAGUUUCGGAGGGGAAAGCGAUAAAUCCUCUAGAAACUACAUUUUCACCACCAAUGAUGCAGGUUCAUCGGCCGCAUAAUGUUUUAUUGCAUUCAGAGGAACAAACUACUUGGUCAUUGAGUAUGUUCACUCCACUUCCGCCUUCUGAAGAUGGAAAUCCAAAUGGUAAUCGGCCGACGAAACUUCCACGACCUCGAAAUCCUCUCAUCGAUGCUGUCGUGGCCCAUGACAAAAGCAAGUUGAGGAAGGUAACGGAACAAGUUCAGUCUCAUGUUGGAGAGCAGAUCGAAGAAAGAGAUUCAUUACUGAAACAAAUACGAACCAAGUCUUUCAAUUUGAAACCUGCGGCCUUGACGAGACCUAGCAUUCAGGGUCCUAAAACCAAUCUAAAAGUUGCUGCCAUUUUGGAGAAAGCUAAUGCCAUUCGCCAGGCAUUUGCUGGAAGUGAUGAUGAUGAUGCCGACAGCUGGAGUGAUUCGUAAUAUACUUUCUAGGACUGCCAUUGCAUUGAGAUCAAGUGUUCGAAUAUUGUGAUUCUUGAAGCUUCUUAGGGUUUCGGCUCUCUGGUUAUUGCCAUUUAGGUAGAUGGGGAGUAUCUAUUUACUUCUUGUGAAUAGUUCCUGCAAUUUGCAGUAUUCUUUUCCUACACUACUGUAGCUCCACGUAAUCUCUCUCUCUCUCUCUCUCUCUCUCUCUCUCUCUGAUGUAGUUAUUUUACUAGGUGUAUAAGAAGUGUCCCCAUAAAUCCUGUUUACUUUCAUCAUAUACAAGGUACAGCAUGCCAGCGCCUUAUCAUUGAUGUUAAAAAAAGAAGGCCGCAGCAGCACAUUACCAUUCAAUCCCUUUUUAGAUUUUGGCGGGUGUAUAUUGCAUUGAGGUGGCACAAAUGUAACUGUAAUAUAUCGUGUGUGAGCUUCUUUACCUAUAGUAGACAAAUGUUGUCAGUACUUGUAUUCAUUUAUAGAGCUUGUCAAGGCUGCAGGUGGUACUUGUAUUA